AACCGCCUCGCUUCUAUCAGGUGCGUCCGCUCAUUUCACGGAGAGCGCAGAUAUGCUACGUAAGGUGUGCAUCGCGUACGUAAUUUUGUGUUCCCUUCAAACCUUCGUGAAAUCAGCCGGCUCGGAUCUCAACAGAGUGGCUCAUCAUGAGAAUCUCCUGAAGCAUCUCUUCGAUCCAGAGAGAUACUCCAAGGAAGUACGUCCAGUGUUCUAUCACACGAACGUGACGGAGGUGACGUUAGACAUGCUGAUCAAAGAGAUUGCCGAAAUGGACCACUCAAGGCAGACUGUCAAAGUGAACAUGGUCAUGUCCGCGAAAUGGAAAGACGAAUUCCUGUCAUGGAAGCCCAGCGAUUACGGAGGCGAAGACAUUAUCGUGAUUCCGGCUGAAAAAAUAUGGGUGCCGCAAGUCGUCUCUGUGGAAAGCAUCUCGCCACUGCUUACGUCACAAUCGUCCGGCAGCGGCCACUCCCGCCUGAUGGCGCGUGUGAACUCGUCCGGUCACGUUUCGCUGGACCACGUGAAACAGCUGCCGGCGAGGUGCGUGGCCACACCCGAGGGCUUCCGGUCGAGUCGCCACGAGUGCGCGAUGACCCUGAAUACGCUGGACUUCGGCGGCCACCACGUGCGUUUGCACGGCGACGUGCAGGUCGACGUGGAGCACAACCCGGCCUGGGAAGUGUCGCAGACCAGGAUCACAAACCUGUACCACUCCACGCUGGGCUGCAAACUAGUGCUAAGAAAAAAGUACGAGCCCAGCUUCGCAUGCCCGACCGUGGCGGUGGUCUUGAUGACUCUGGCAAGCCUCUGGCUGCCCACAACGGGACCAAGGGUGACGCUGUGCUCCGUGAAUCUUCUGGUCACCAUCAUUUGGUUGUCCACAUUGUCUGAAUACCACUCCGGAUCUGUUAUCACCGCUCCUCAUGUGGUAUUCGUGUCUCUCUCGGCAACGCUGUCUGUCGCGUCCCUGGCCUGUGCCAUCGCUGCGCACAAGCUGUUGCACUCGGCCGAUCGAUGCGAGGUGCCCCGCGGACUGGUGAACUUCCUGGAGGCCCCCUUCUGGCAGUUCCUCUGCGUCGGCGGCUUCCAGCCGGCUUCGUCGGCGGCUGCGCGGGAAACGGAAAUGGAGCAUCUGAGCCACGACCCACCAAUGGCGGCGGAGAUGGCCGAGGCCCCGGCGCCGGUCUCGACCAAUCAGGAGCCGCGACUGAGGGAGGAGUGGCAAGCCGUCUCGCGAGCUCUCGACAGGGCGCUGUUUGUAGCCUUUGUCGUGAUGUUCAUAUCCUUUCGUCUCGUAUUCGCGGGACAUAACUGGGGAGGGAAAUCGCGCACCAACUGACCAUAGCAGCACACUUUGUUGAUAUGGCGGCGGCAGAAGUGAUAAUUAAAUAAAUAAAUCUAAUCAA